AUGUCUUUCAUGCAGGAGCUCACGUCAUGGAUGUCCCCAACAUCGUUGACCCUGUCCAGCCCACCAAAAGCGGGCGACACGGCCCCAAGCACCGACCAGCUCCAACUACCCAAGGAUGGUAAGCCCGCUGUAAUCGCUUUCCUGCGGCACUGUGGAUGCCCAUUCGCCGAGAAGACCUUCAUCACGCUCCGCGAAGCAGCAUCGAAGCAUCCCGAAAUCGUCUUUAUCGCCGUCUCUCACUCGUCAGAGUCGCACACGCAGAAAUGGCUGUCCGAAGUCGGCGGCCCCGGCGACAAGAACCCGGUGCAAGUCAUCGCCAACGAAGAGCGCGACGUGUACGCUAAAUGGGGACUCGGCACAUCGAGUUUCUGGCAUGUACUGAGCCCCUGGGCGCUGUCGGAUGUAUUCAAGCUCUCUCGUGAAGAGGGAAUCGCCAACAGGCCUACUGAGAGCGGUAACAGAUGGCAGACUUCCGGAGCGUGGGCUGUUGACGGGAAGGGUCAGGUUACGUGGGGUGGUCCAGCCACGACUGCCUCUGAGAUUCCCGAUGUUGGAAAGGCCAUUGAAACGCUGAAGUAG